AUGUUUCCACGCACGACCGUAGUAGUCGUCGCCCUGCUGGGCGCAACCACUGCUUUGCCCGGCAAUGUUCCAGCUCGGAGACGUGCUGAAGACAACACAUACGACUAUGUGAUCGUCGGCGGAGGUGUCUCUGGCCUUGUAGUCGCCAAUCGCCUUUCCGAAGACAAGCAGAGUGAAGUCCUUGUAAUCGAGGCUGGCCGUGCAGAUGACAAUCCAAAUAUCCGCAUGCCAUACGGAGCAACGUAUGCGACAAACGACACUCUUUUCUGGGACUUUGUUGCACAACCUGAUCCUUUCCUGGAGGGCCUGGCUUAUAGGGGGCCCGCCGCAAAAGUGCUUGGAGGGGGUUCCAUCGUAAACGGCAUGAUGUAUGAUCGAGCUGCCGCUGCCGACUAUGAUGCGUGGGAGGCCCUCGGGAAUAAAGGCUGGGGAUGGGAGGGACUAUAUCCCUAUUUUAAGAAAGGAACCACGUUCAUUCCUCCCCCAGCAGAUGUUACUGAAGAAUUCAACAUCACCUGGGAUCUUGAGGCCUACGGCAACGGUCCCUUGAAGCUUGGUAUUUCCGACUUCCAGUACCCUGAUCUGAAGUACUACUUCAAGGCUUUUGAGGGAGCGGGUGCACACAUGCCGGUUGACGGCAACAAUGGAGAGGGUUAUGGCGCGUCAUGGUGGCCCAACACGAUGAACCCUGAAACGGGUGAGCGGUCGCACGCCCGCAACUCAUACUACGACCCUGUUUCCAGCCGGUCGAACCUGAAGGUGUUGUUGGAGACGAUGGCCACUGAAAUCGUGUUUGAUGGUAGUAAGAAGCUCACCGCAAAAGGUGUGAAGAUUACCGACACAAAGACGAACACUACGAGGAUUGUGUAUGCGAAGAAGGAGGUGGUACUUGCGGCUGGUGCCUUCAACACUCCAAAGCUUCUCCAACUCAGCGGUAUCGGUCCAAAGGCUGUGCUUCAGGCCGCUGGUAUUCCUGUGAAGCUCGCUCACGACGGUGUUGGCGCAAAUUUCCAGGACCAUCCCUACACAGGUGUUGCGUACAACGUCUCUAACAUGAGCACGCCAAACCCAAAUUCUUUGAACACUGAUCCAGUAUUCAAUGCUUCAGCAUGGGAGGAGUACCGCGUCAACAAGACUGGUCCACUCACACAGGCUCGAGGCAACAGUCUGGCGUUCAUUCCACUUCCUGAAGUCGACCCCAAGCGGUACAGCAGCCUCGCCAGCCAGCUGGAGAACCAGAAAGAUGACGAGCACGUACCCUCACUCUACAAAAAUAGCAAGAAGCUGCUCAAGGGAGUUCGAGCUCAGCGCAAGGUCCUUGCUGGUCUUUACAAGAACGACAAGGCAGGUAUUGCUGAGUAUGGUAUUCCAGCGGCAGCCAACUACGAACUUGUUGCCCUUGAGAAGCCAGCAUCCCGUGGCACUGUCAUGAUCGACCCUGCGAAUCCUCAUGGACCCCCAAAGAUUUUGUACAACGCAAUGAGCAACCCUCUCGACAAGGCCAUUCUUGCAUCAUCCAUCCGCUAUAUUCGCGAGGUGUUUGCUCGUCCAGAGCUCGAGAGAUUCUCACUGGUGGAGACUUCACCAGGCUCGCAGUAUGUCACCGACGACGAGAUCAUUGACAUUUCGAUCGAGAGAGGCGCCAUUACCCCGUCAUUGGCGCACCCUUCCUGCAGUUGUCCGAUGAUGCCGGAAGAUAUGGGCGGUUGCGUAUCUGAGAAACUCCUUUUCCACGGAGUCGAACAUUUGUCUAUCGUCGACGCAUCAAUUAUGCCUCUCAUUCCAUCACAGCACCUCCAAGCGACUGUCUACGCGGUUGGCGAGAAGGCUGCGGAUAUCAUUAAGAAGAGAGGUUGA